GAUUACAGCAAUGAUUGGAGCCCCAGAGAUACAGUCAGGCGAAUGCAGAGGGGGAAGGUGUGCUCUCUAGAGAGAUUUCGCUCCCUGCAGGACAAGCUGGUGCUCUUGGAUGAAGCUGUGGCAGGGCACGAUGGGAAUGUCAUUACAGCUGUCCUGAUAUUCCUGAAACGGACGCUAAGGAGAGAGAUCUUGUUUCGGGAGCUGGAGGUGCGGCAGGUGGCCUUGUGUCAUCUGAUCCAUUUCCUCAAAGAGACUGGUGAGCAGAAGUUGCUUCUGGAUCUGCUCAGGUUCCUAGACAGGACCGAGGAAGUUGCUCUGUCCCAGUACCGGGAGCAUUUGAACAUUCAGGAUGUAGAAAAAAGGAGGGAAUUUCUGAAAGGCUGCAUUGGGCUGCCAUUUUCAGCUGAAGAUACCUCCCACAUCCAAGACCAUUAUACUCUGUUGGAGCGACAGAUCAUCAUUGAGGCCAAUGAUCGGCGCUUGGAGACGGCUGGGCAGUCAGAGAUAUUUCGGAAAUAUCCUCGUAAGGCUUCUAUUCUCAACAUGCCACUAGUGACCACCCUCUUCUAUUCCUGUUUCUACCACUACACAGAGGCUGAGGGAACGUUCAGCAGCCCGACAAACCUGAAGAAAACGUUUAAGAUUCCUGAUAAGCAGUAUGUGCUGACUGCCCUGGCUGCCCGUGCCAAGCUGCGAGCCUGGGAUGAUGUGGAUGCCCUCUUCACCACCAAGAACUGGCUGGGCUACACCAAGAAGAAGGCACCUAUUGGCUUCCACCGGGUGGUGGAGAUCUUGCAGAAGAACAGUGCUCCUGUGCAGGUGCUGCAGGAGUAUGUGCGCCUGGUGGAGGAUGUGGAGACACGGUUGAAUCUUGCCAUCAAAUACAAAUGCCAUGAUGUUGUUAUUGAGACAUACAGGGAUCUAAAGGAUCGCAUCCAGCUGACAGCGUAUAAAUGCAAGGUAGAGCGAGGCUCUGCAGAUGAAGAGAAGAUAAACAGCGUUCUCAACAACAUGCAAAUCCGAUGGAAGAACUGAGCACCUGUGAAAGAGCCCGCUUGGCCGUUGCCUUGCCAGUGAAAGAGGAAACUGCAGAACCCAGUCCAGUGCCAACAGAGCAACUCUGUUACUACUCAUUGCAUGAUCAGCGUUCGUCAGUGACAGUGGGUGCCCGUGGGACAGUGGCAUUCAGGCUGGUUGAAGGCAGCUGCUCUGAAGUAGCCAGCAAAAUCAUGGUACUGAUCCACCAGGGUUGAUUCUUUUUGGAAUCUGAUUCUCUUUGACUUGGCUGUAAGCCAGGCAUCGCUUUUGUUUACAGAGGGAAGUUGCUGGGGGACAGCAAGGUUACGUUUGCUCUGGGUGGUGCCUGGGCUUGUUCUCACAAAAGGAACAGGUCAGUCACACA